AUGCGAUGCGCGCCCGUGCAGCCCCAGGGCGAUGAACGCCGGCGGCCGGACAAGCCCUGUACUUUCUCGGGCGCGAACGCUCCGUGUCCGUAUUCACCCGGCGGACGCGGUUUUGUGUUGGUUGCAGUUCCGCCGGGCAGGACGCCUCGCCCGCGGGGGUCCGCCAGCGUGUUGGCCUGUGCGUGGGCGGCCCCUGCCGGACGGUUUUUCGCAUGCAGUUGCUUGCCCCGCGGCAUAGAUUGGUGCCUUGUGUCAGACGGUUGUCGCAUGUUGUUGAU